UCGACUGUCACAUCGCGUGCACGCGCGUCGCGCGGGCCGCCACUCACUGACAGUGCGAGGAGGCGCACACUAGGAGGCGGGGGCGCGAUAACAGGUGGCUCCGCGUCGCGGCAGGUGAAUCGGAGUGGCCUUUUUUUUUCAUACGCCGCGCGAUCAUAACUGGUUCGCCCAGUCUUCGCUCUCGUCGGUCAGUUUCCCAUUGUUUUCCGUCGCUGUCGUCUACUCUCGUCGGUCUCUCUUGAUCUGUCACCCUCCCGGAUUGCGACACCUCGCUGCGAGAUAUUAUUACAUAUUUUGCGUCAUCGGGGAUCCGGAUUCACCAGCCGUUCGCUCGACGAGCCCGUCUUCCCGAGGGGAGACAUGACGCGACGCUGCUCUAGAACGGUAUCUUGAAACGGGGGGCAACGACGUCGGCGCCGAGGAGAAGGUCCGAAAGGGAUCCGUCGACGGAAUAGUUGCAAUCUGACGUAUGAAAGGUCGGGGCUGCGGUAAGAUCAAGAGUGAGACAAUGCCGCCAUCCUCGCACACCAACUGGACGAGGCCGUUGCUCAAGGACGGACAGACCAUACAGAUGCAGGUCGCCAAGCAGCAGCAGCAGCCGAUGACGACGAUGAUGGUGACGAUGGCGACGGCAGCGACGACAACGUCGUCGUCGACGGCUUUUGGUACCGGAGCGCAAAAUCAAAGCGUGAUGGAGCAUCCUGCGACACCCCUUGACAAAAGAAUCAAAGUAGUCCUGGUAGGAGAUGGUGCUGUUGGCAAGACCAGCUUGGUAGUCUCGUACUCCACCAACGGCUUCCCUGGAGAAUACGUGCCCACUGCGUUUGACAAUUAUAAUGUGGUUGUAAAUGUUGAUGGACAACCACUGAAUGUUCAGCUAUGUGAUACAGCAGGCCAAGAUGACUUCGAUCCCUUGAGAUCAUUGUGCUAUCCAGAGACAGAUGUGUUCCUAGUUUGCUUCAGUGUUGUAUGUCCUUCAUCUUACCACAGCGUGGCUUCCAGAUGGAUCAAUGAAGUCAGAAAAUACUGCCCUGGUGCUCCAAUCAUUUUGGUGGGAACGAAAAGCGAUCUCAGAUCGGAUGUACGUUUGAUGCUGCAACUGGCGAGAUACGGUCAGGCACCGAUCACGACAAUCCAGGGUCAUCAGUUGGCGCGGAGGCUGGGCGCCGUCAAUUACGUGGAGACAUCCGCGUUGACGCAACACGACCUCAAGGAGGCCUUCGAUCAGGCGAUAGUUAGUGCCCUCAAUACACGACGCGGAGGCGCCAAUUUACUCUACCGGCGUAGGAAGCCGCCCUCAUUGUGGCGUAGAUGGUUGUGCUGCUGGGAACGCCCGUCUUCGAACGAAACUUAAAAAGAAAACAAUCAUAUUAUGAGUGAGAUAGACUCUAUACUUCUUUAGAAUCCCUCUGUGAUCAGGCGGUCGCUCUCCCCUCUGUCAGGAUCAUCCUUCCCUACCUGGUAUCUAGCUUGGUAGCUAAGUUUAUUGAGGAUUAUCUCGAUAUACAAGAGAGGCAGCUAAU